AUGAGCAUUGUUCGUCGAAUAAUAUUCAAUCGUCAUUAUUUAUUAUUAUCAAAACGAUUUCUUACAUCAACACCAACAACAACAUCAGAAUUAAAUUUAAGUGAUAAUUGUGUUCGACGUCUUCAAGCAAUUUUUAAAGAUAAAUCGGAAAGACUUCGUGUUUUUGUUGAAGGUGGUGGUUGUUCUGGUUUUCAAUAUAAAUUUACAGUUGAAUCAAAUAAUAAUAAUAACAAUAAUCUAAAUAAAGAACAAGAUCUUAUAUUUGAACGUGACGGUGUACAUAUUAUUGUUGAUAAAGAUUCAUUAGAAUUAUUAAAAGGUUCAACAAUUGAUUAUCAAGAAGAAUUAAUUCGCUCAAGUUUUCGUAUAAUUAAUAAUCCAAACGCUGAACAAGGUAGACGUUUAACAAAUAUCUCAAGUCGAGCUGCAAUAACUUUAACGGAAUCGGCUGUUCGUCGUGUUAAAGAACUUUUAAAUGCUAAACCUGAUUCAAUAGCUCUUCGUAUUGGUGUUCGACAACGUGGUUGUAAUGGUUUAUCUUAUACACUUGAUUAUGCAAAAGAAAAAAAGAAAAUGGAUGAAGAAGUUACUCAAGAUGGAGUCAAAUUAUUAAUUGAUCCCAAAGCACAAUUAUCAUUAUUAGGAACUGAAAUGGAUUUUGUACAGGAUAACCUUGCAAGUGAAUUUAUAUUUAAUAAUCCUAAUAUAAAAGGAACUUGUGGUUGUGGAGAAUCAUUCAAUGUGUAA